AAUUAAACUAGAAAUGCCUUUACCAAGUGCAAGCAAAGAACCAGAUGACGGUCAAACGUGGGAAUUAGCAGAAAGAUGUCUUCUUCCAAUUGCAUUCUCACAUGCAAUUGCAGUCAUUCUAGCAACUAUAUUAAACACACUGAGUAUAUCGCAAACAUCUAGUUUUGUGCUUUUUCUUUUAUCGUUGGUCAUAUCUGUAGGAUUUACAUUGUUUUAUCAUAAUUUAAAGUCAUCACACGUUCCACAUAUACAAAAUUUAUUUCCAAAGGGAUUUACGGUAUUUGCCGGCUUUGGUACAAAAGUUGAAAGUGAAGAGGCAAUGCAAAAAUUAAAACAGGAAGCUUCCGGCAGAUUACACAUAUUGCAAUUAGACGUUACCAGCGAACAUGACAUUCAUUCAACGUUUCUUUAUGUAAAUGAAAACUUACCAGAUGGAGCACCAGGUUUGUGGGCAUUAAUACAUGCUGCUGCUUGGGUGACGCUAGGUGAAUGCGAAUGGAUACCUCCUUCCGUAUUAAGACGCAGCGUAGACAUUAAUUUCAUCGGUCUUGCCAGAUUAAGUCAGGUCUUUUUACCUCUGAUUAGAAGAUCAAAAGGUCGUGUUGUGAUAGUUAACAGCCUUUCAGCUCGUAUACCAAGUCCUGUUCGGGGCAUUUAUUGUGCUGUCAAGGCUGCAGUUGAAGCUUGGGCAGCUUGUCUUAGGUUAGAAAUGAGAAGAUGGGGAGUGGACGUAGUUAUCGUUGAAACCAGCGAAUACGUAUCUGGAAAUGCUUGGUUAAAAGAUAACGGUUCAUUGUUGGAACAAGCCAGAGAUAUGUGGACUCAACUAGAUCCUCAAACCCGCAAAGAAUACGGACAAGAAUUGUUUCAGAAGGAAAUGUUGGCUCUUGAAAGAUAUACACGAGAGACCGAUAUAGACUUGACACCGGUAACUAGAGCUUUAAUCGAUGGAGUAAUGAAAACUUUUCCAAUGAGAAAAUAUACACCAGUGUCGCGCAAAGAAAGAAUACAAGCUUUGUGCAGCGAUUAUCUUCCAAAACCAGUUUACGAUAUAUUAUACGUAAAUUGAAAAUAAUACAACGAUACAAAUUAUACAGAAGAAUACGACAACACUCAGAAUUAAUAAUCUCUGUUUGUAAUGUGUUUGAAUCGUUCAUGACGUAACAGCGUAAAUGCGACGAAGUUACUUACUAGUCAUAUUUUGCCACUCGAUACAAAUUCAAACAAAUCCUCGAUGUACGCACGCGCGUUUACUCGUAAAAAUAAAAUAAUAAGAAAAGACGUUACUAUUACUCGUUUAUCGAACGCUGGUGUGUAAAUCGUAGCGUAAAAUUUACAGUCGAUCACGGUAAUUUUAAACAAAGGAGAAAAAAAAAGAAAUCAAAGGAUCGCAAAAUGUCACAGAAAAAUCACAGUCGAACAAUCGUUUUCCUUCCCUGUGGUACUCACUUUCUAGAUCAUUGAUACUUUCGUCCUUCGUCAAACCGUUAUUCUCGUCGACAUUUUUGCAGUAGAAUCUUUCGCAAGCAUCGCACUACGCGCGAGACAGAUCGCGCUAGGCGUAGGUACGACGGUCGGUAAAUUAGCGAUUCACCGUACUACGAGAGGAACCG